AUGGCUUCUCACCCUCAGGCCAACGAGCUUGACGCAUCUGCCUCUGCAGUGGCAUUGCCGAAGAAGACGCUAUCGAGGGCUGACCUGCAUCGUCGUCAGUCGGCAGACGAGCGGAUUAACAACAUUCUCGAGACGGCUCUGCAACGAGCAGAAACGAUGGAUCCUGCCUCUCUAAGUCUUCUCCAGAAAGGCUCUUCCCACAAUUCCUCUCCCAACUAUGGAGCCUCCGGAACGGCGACAAGAGGGAUUCUGCAAGACUACCAGGCGGUACCGACCAGCGAUGAAAGCGAUGCCACCCGUCCGAGAAAGGUUUCCUACAGUGAUGCGGCGAAGAAGCCCGGGAACCAUGCGAAGAGCCAGAGCUCUCUGCGGCAGCGAAACGGAGUCUCCGGCUCGGAGGAUACAAGAUCACCAACAAAAGCAAAGUCGUCAUGGACAAAAGAAACAUUCCGAAAGUUUCAGUCCCUUCAGUUGGAAAACAAGGGAAGCGUGGCUAGAGAUCACCUGGCUCUCGAACGCACAUUUCUAGCAUGGCUUCGAACCUCUCUCGCUUUUGCAUCGAUUGGCGUCGCCGUGACGCAGCUAUUCCGCCUCAACACUGAUAACGCUUCCGCCUCCGAUUUCGACCACACAAGGCUACAAAAGAUGGGACGCCCGUUGGGUGCGACAUUCCUCGCCAUUAGUAUUGUGACUCUGCUCCUCGGUUGCAGACGAUAUUUCCAUGCCCAGGAAUGGAUCCUUCAGGGCAAGUUCCCAGCAAGCCGAGGGACCAUCAUUAUCAUGUCACUGGUGGCGUUGGCCCUCAUGAUUUUAUCUCUAGUGGUGGUCAUUGUCAUCCGGCCAUCAUAG